CGAUUAAAUGGAAAAUUUUGUCAACAAGAAAACAUAACUUUGGUGCUGACCUGAUGUAAAUGUUUUUAAUAUCAAAUUUUGUUUGAGUUCAUGGUUAAAUAUCCCGGCAUUCAAUAUUUCUUUAUUUUGGAGCAUAGAGUGUUUAGAGGCAGUGGAAGCCGAGCUGGAAUCUUCAGAGGAAGAGGAAACUGGUGGAGUGUCACCACCACCAAGCAAGAGAUCUCGGUUUGAAGGAUCAGCCUUAUCUUCAUCCAAAUCCCCUUCUGGUCAUUCAUUUCUAAUGAGUCAAAAGAAGAAGAUGCAAACACGUGCAAAAACUAAUCUUGACACUGCUACUAACGAAAAUGGUGAUGUCCUUUGUGAAGUAAAUGGAAAUGGAGCAGAAUCUUCUUCCACUAGUGGGAAAGUGGCUGCCUUAAAGGAAAGAAAUAGAGAGAAAAUUGCUAUGAAAAAACUUAGUAAACUAGAUGAAGAAGUAGUAAGAUUAAUUGGACAACAUCUUGAUAAAUUAGGCUUAAACAAAACGGUAAAUUGCUUGAUGAAGGAAUCUGGUUGUCAACUAGAAAAUUCAUCAGCAUCAAGAUUUCGUGAUUAUUGUUUACAUGGAGAAUGGCAUAAAGCUGAGACAGUUUUAAAAGAUCUAAAGCCACUUCUUACAAAUCAAGAAUGCUUUUUGAAAAUGAAGUUUCUGAUAUUGGAACAAAAAUAUCUGGAAUUAAUUGAAGAUAAUAGAGUUAUAGAUGCAUUACAUUGUUUGCGAGUUGAACUUACGCCUUUAAAAUAUAACGUGGAACAAGUCCAUGAAUUGAGCGGUCUGCUUAUGUGCACCAGCAAGGAAGAUUUACUUUCAAAAGCCAACUGGGAAGGUAAAGGAAUCCAGACUAGACAAAGACUUGUUAAUAAACUGCAAGCUUUUCUACCAGCAACAGUUAUGUUACCUCCAGACCGACUGGGUGCUCUUAUAAAGCAAGCUGUUGAGUACCAAAAGGUUGGCUGCUUGUAUCAUAACACCUUAUUGGACAAAGAAACUGAUUCAAUCUCAAUUUUGUCGGACCAUCAGUGCUCAAAGAAAAUGUUUCCUUGUAAAACUCGCCAGGUAUUAGCAGAGCAUGUUGACGAGGUGUGGUUUCUACGGUUUUCCAAUAAUGGCCAAUAUUUGGCUACUGGUUCAAAAGAUAUGAACGUCAUCAUAUGGAAGAUAGAGAAUGAUGAUUUAAUUAAACUCCAUGUUUUGGAGGGUCAUGUGAAUGGUGUUUCUUACAUCAACUGGAGUCCUGACGACACAUACAUAAUUGCUUGUGGUCCAGAAGACUGCUGUGAAUUGUGGAUAUGGCAUGUUGAGACAGGGGGGUUAAAAUGCACAAUGAACCAUUCUGCGGAAGAUAGCUUAACAUGCUGUGCGUGGUAUGAAGACGGGCAACGUUUUGUGGUUGGUGGAACACGUGGACAGUUCUAUCAAUGCGAUUUAGAUGGAAACGUUAUCGAAUCGUGGGAAGGUGUUCGAGUCACUGGACUUCAUGUUUUAGACAAUAAAAAUGUUUUAGCGGCGGAUACUCACAUGAGAAUAAGGGCGUAUAAUUUUGAUGAUAUCGUUGAUAGACCCAUCAUCCAAGAGUCUCACCCUAUUAUGUCAUUCGUUGUAUCAAACGAUAAAUCCCAAGCUUUGUUGAACGUUGCGUCACAGGGCGUUAACCUUUGGGAUAUUAAAGACAAAGUACUGCUUCGAAAAUUUCGUGGUGUAACCCAGGGCCAUUGCAUGAUUCACUCGUGUUUUGGCGGGUUGAACAAUAAUUUCAUAGCUAGCGGUAGCGAAGAUAAUCAUGUAUACGUAUGGCACCAUACGAGAGAAACACCAAUAGCUACACUUAGUGGACACUUACGCACGGUAAAUUGUGUUCAUUGGAAUCCGAAGGAUCCUAGUAUGCUCGCAUCAGCUAGUGAUGACGGUACAGUUCGAAUAUGGAGACCGGAAGAACUACGGACAGAACCAAGCGAUUCGCAGCCUUCUUGACAUCCGUAGUAAACUAUCAUAGGUAUAGCCCUGUAUAAAAUUUGUAUAUAGAUUUUUUUCUUACUUCGUUGGCUACGGAGAAAUGUUUGCGCUGUAUUGCAUGUGUGUUGAAAGACUCGACGGAAAACAAGUGUGUUGUUGUUAUGGUAACAGCGGGCAAAAUUUGCGAGACAAGUUUCGAAAUAUAGUUAAAAUUUUGACAACAAAUGCUCUGUGUUAUUAUAACACGUGGCUAUUAAUUCAAGGCAUAAUUGUCCCGAUUUAUUAAUGUGACUUCAUUUUUAGCACCAACAACGUACGUUUGUUUCUCCGAUAUUUUUUAUCGGGUUGUUCGGGUGUGGUUUUGCCAGUGUGUUUUAGAAGUCAACGUAGCCAACGUAGCCAACGGAGUGACUGUAUAUAAAUGUUGUGAAAAAUAGGGAGGGCGCGGGGGACAGUAGCUUGUAGGAGUCUACUAAAGAUAAAGUUCUAGCUAAGAUUGCGACACGAAUCACUACUCAAUAUUUUGGAUUGAUUAACUCAUAAAGGGACAUGGAAUUCGAUUGGUUGAGGCAGUUAUGGUAAUUUAUGUAUUUUUAAUUGGCAUUUUUGCUGUUUCAAUCGCUUGAUAAAGAACGUAAACGCAACCUUAAGAAAUUUUUUUAUGGUGCAGAAAAUGUUUUUACGUAUGGACAACUAUUAUCGGAGGGUGUUAUUUUGUGAUGUACGCGUUUUAAACGCAGAAGCUGAAUGUUUCUGCGUUUUCUUUGGAUGACUCCAUUUAAAACUCCUCCUUUUUCUUUCAUCUAAAAAAUACUAAAUUUGUCCCUAUGUGCAAUCAUUUGGAUGAUUUAGGGGGAGGGGCGUAAAUAAUUUAAAUAUUUUUUUUGUAAAUAUGUUUUGUAUAUGUUAUAUUAUAAUACAUUUUUUUUUCAGAA